AUGGCCAAUAAUAAUUCUAUCCUAUUUGAUAUUGCACAUAUUAUACUCGAUAUCAGUAAUAAUAGAAGAGCAACAAGAAACACGUUACGUCUGGUAGAUCUCAUGUCUGAAUACGAGGCCCAAAAUAUUGGCUUUGUGAACUUCAAAGCGCCUAAUCCAAUUUCUUAA